AUGGGGAAACUGCAAAGCAAACUCAAAUACAGCACUUAUAAAUACAGGCCUGAUGGAAUUAUAGAGGAGAGGGUCCCAGCAAAGACUCUGCAGCAGUACAGCCCCGCUCAUGUGGAUUCCGUCUCUGUGGUGGCUGCGCUGAACUCAGACCUUUGUGUCUCUGGAGGAAAAGACCAGACCGUUGUGGCCUAUAACUGGAAAACUGGAAAUGUGGUGAAAAGGUUCAAAGGACAUGAACGCGAAAUCACUAAGAUCGCCCUCGGCUCCGGGUCGGACCAGUUCUUCAGCGCCUCUCGCGACCGGAGGGUCCUGAUGUGGGACCUGCACCGCCCGGGGCCGCCCCUGCAGCAGCUGCUGGGCCACGCCUUGGUGGUCACCGGCGUGGCCGUGAGUCCAGACUCCUCGCAGCUGUGCUCGGGCUCCCGGGACAACACCCUGCUUCUCUGGGACGUGGGGCGCGGCCAGUGCGUGCGGAGCGCGUCCGUCUCCCGGAACCUGGUCACUCACCUGUGCUGGGUUCCCCGAGAGCCAUACUUACUGCAGACCUCAGAGGACAAAACCCUCAGAUUGUGGGACAGUCGGGGGCUGCAGGUAGCUCACGUCUUUCCCGCCAAGCAGCACAUCCAGACGUACUGUGAGGUCAGCGAGGACGGACACAGGUGUAUCUCCUGCAGCAGUGGCUUUGAGGGGGAAGGCUGUGAAGCCACGUUAUGGGACCUCAGGCAGACGAGGAACCGAGUGUGCGAGUACAGGGGCCAUUUCCAGACUGUCGCCUCCUGUGUCUUUCUACCAAGAGCACUGACCUCGGUGCCCACGAUCGCCACCUCAUCGCAUGACUGCAAAGUGAAGAUUUGGAACGAAGACACUGGAGCCUGCCUCUCCACCCUGUCGCUGGACGGGUCCGGACCGCUGACUUCCCUGGCCGUGGGCGACACCAGCUUCUUGUUGUGCGCGAGUUUCAACAGAGGAAUUCACUUGCUGCGCGUGGACCAGAGCCGAGGGCUGGAACUGCGGCAGGUGGCAGCCUUCUGAGGCCAGGAGAGUCUUCAGACAAUAGACUCCCGUGGCCCUCCUUGCUCAGCGUGGCUGUGUCUUUCCACAUCCCCCGCAGGAAACCGUGUAGUGCUGGCGUUCUUCAUUAGAUUCACUUAGGAGGUUUAUCCGUCCAUGGUUCCACGUCAGGCACAAGUUUAG